GGCAAGGGGGGCAAGCGUGGGUGAGUCAGCUGGCGUCCUCCCAGUCCUCAGUAAUCGUCAUUAAGAAAGGCUUUGCUGAUGACAGUGUUUGCUGGGAGUCUGUGUGUGCCUGGGGACCGGCCACGACUCCUGGACGGGCAGUGGGACACCAUGAGCCUCAGCGGGGAGCAGGUGCAGCAGUUCCUUGACCAGAACCCCAGUUUUGCGGACCAGUACUUUGGGAAGAAGCUGAGCCCCGGGAACAUGGCUGGCGCCCACGAGGACGGGCAGCCGGUGGACUGUGCCAGUUUCCGCGAGCUGUGCCAGGUGGAGGAGAGCACGGCCCUGUUUGAGCUGGUGCAGGACAUGCAGGAGAGUGUGAACAUGGAGCGGGUGGUCUUCAAGAUCCUGCGACGCCUCUGCACCAUCCUGCAUGCCGACCGCUGCAGCCUCUUCAUGUACCGCCAGCGCAACGGCGUGGCUGAGCUCGCCACGCGCCUCUUCAGCGUGCAGCCCGGCAGCGUCCUAGAGGACUGCCUGGUGCCCCCCGACUCUGAGAUCGUCUUCCCGCUGGACAUUGGGGUUGUGGGCCACGUGGCUCAGACCAAGAAGAUGGUGAACAUCAAGGACGUGACGGAGUGUCCCCACUUCAGCUCCUUUGCUGAUGAGUUGACCGAUUAUGUGACAAAGAACAUCCUGGCCACGCCCAUCAUGAAUGGCAAAGACGUCGUGGCCGUCAUCAUGGCCGUGAACAAGCUCGACGGCCCAUGCUUCACAAGCGAAGAUGAAGAUGUCUUCCUGAAGUACCUGAAUUUUGGCACGUUGAACCUGAAGAUCUACCACCUGAGCUACCUUCACAACUGCGAGACGCGCCGAGGCCAGGUGCUGCUGUGGUCAGCUAACAAGGUGUUUGAGGAGCUGACAGACAUCGAGAGGCAGUUCCACAAGGCCUUCUACACUGUGCGGGCCUAUCUAAACUGUGACCGGUACUCGGUGGGCCUCCUGGACAUGACCAAGGAGAAGGAAUUCUUUGAUGUGUGGCCUGUGCUGAUGGGAGAAGCUCAGCCGUACUCAGGCCCACGCACGCCCGAUGGCCGCGAAAUCGUCUUCUACAAAGUCAUUGACUAUAUCCUCCAUGGCAAGGAAGACAUCAAGGUCAUCCCCACACCCCCAGCCGAUCACUGGGCCCUGGCCAGUGGCCUUCCAACCUACGUGGCAGAAAGUGGCUUUAUCUGUAACAUUAUGAAUGCCCCCGCCGAUGAAAUGUUCAAAUUUCAGGAAGGGCCUCUGGACGACUCAGGGUGGACCAUCAAGAAUGUCCUCUCCAUGCCCAUCGUCAACAAAAAGGAGGAGAUUGUGGGGGUCGCAACCUUCUACAACAGGAAAGACGGGAAGCCCUUUGACGAACAGGAUGAAGUCCUCAUGGAGUCCCUCACUCAGUUCCUGGGCUGGUCAGUGCUGAACACUGACACCUACGACAAGAUGAACAAGCUGGAGAACCGCAAGGACAUCGCGCAGGACAUGGUUCUCUACCACGUGAGAUGCGACAAGGACGAGAUCCAGCUGGUCCUGCCAACAAGGGAACGCCUGGGGAAGGAGCCUGCUGACUGUGAGGAGGAUGAGCUGGGGACAAUCUUGAAGGAAGUGCUUCCGGGGCCCAACAAGUUCGACAUCUAUGAGUUCCACUUCUCUGAUCUGGAGUGCACAGAGCUGGAGCUGGUCAAAUGCGGCAUCCAGAUGUACUACGAGCUGGGCGUGGUCCGAAAGUUCCAGAUCCCUCAGGAGGUCCUGGUGCGGUUUCUGUUUUCCGUGAGCAAAGGGUACCGGAGAAUCACCUACCACAACUGGCGCCAUGGUUUCAAUGUGGCCCAGACCAUGUUCACUCUACUCAUGACCGGCAAACUCAAGAGCUACUACACAGACCUGGAGGCCUUCGCCAUGGUGACCGCUGGCCUGUGCCACGACAUCGACCACCGUGGCACCAACAACCUGUACCAGAUGAAGUCCCAGAAUCCCUUAGCCAAGCUCCAUGGCUCCUCGAUUUUGGAACGGCAUCACCUGGAGUUCGGGAAGUUCCUGCUCUCAGAGGAGACGCUGAACAUCUACCAGAACCUGAACCGGCGGCAGCACGAGCACGUGAUCCACCUGAUGGACAUCGCCAUCAUCGCCACGGACCUGGCGCUCUACUUCAAGAAGAGGACGAUGUUCCAGAAGAUUGUGGAUGAGUCUAAGAACUACGAGGACAGGAAGAGCUGGGUGGAGUACCUGUCCCUGGAGACUACGCGGAAGGAGAUAGUCAUGGCCAUGAUGAUGACGGCGUGUGACCUGUCUGCCAUCACCAAGCCCUGGGAAGUCCAGAGCAAGGUAGCUCUGUUGGUGGCGGCUGAGUUCUGGGAACAAGGUGACUUGGAAAGGACAGUUCUGGAUCAGCAGCCCAUUCCAAUGAUGGACCGGAACAAGGCAGCCGAGCUCCCCAAACUACAAGUUGGCUUCAUCGACUUUGUGUGCACAUUCGUGUACAAGGAGUUUUCCCGUUUCCACGAGGAGAUCCUGCCCAUGUUCGACCGACUACAGAACAACAGGAAGGAGUGGAAGGCCCUGGCUGACGAGUACGAGGCCAAAGUGAAGGCCCUGGAGGAGGAGAAGCAGCAACAGGAGGAGAGGACAACAGCCAAGAAAGGGGGCACAGAGAUUUGCAAUGGCGGCCCCGCCCCCAAGUCUUCAACCUGCUGCAUCCUGUGAGCUGCUCCGGGUGUUCGGACCGCUCUUUCAUCCCGUACACCUCCUGGGACUCCACCUCUAACCCUUUGCUACAGGUUAGGAAGCCCAAUGAAGUGACUGAAGACAAUUUUGAAUAUUUUGAAUUUUUUUUAAGGCUUGUGUUUUUAUAAAUGAAAGUCAACUAUGAAUAAUUUAAACACUUUAGCCUACCUUACGCUCAUCCAUCUUUUGGGUACAUAGCAAUACCACAGAGAUCUUCGGAAAGGGUCUGCGAACUGUGUCUGAAAGCAUUGGGUGAGAACAUUCACGACUGCACAUUUAUGUGUAUAUGGGCAAGUAAGAUACGUAGGUACCAUUGCCUGUCUGGUUUAAGGGAAAAUAGGACCAGAAAUUCAGAAUAAAAACAAAAUACAUCA